GGCUUAAGGGGUAGCCUAGAGUAAGAAAAUUGACGAGCAUUAACGAAGAGAAACUCAUGGUGAAGACAUCGCAAAGUGGUCGAGCUAACUCGCUCGGUUUUUAUUAAUCUUACCUGUUUCUGAAGAAUAUACAAACCUUUCAAGAUGAUGAAAACAAAGCACCAAGGGCUGGUUGCGGACCUGCUGCCCAACAUCAGGUUGAUGCAAAUCAGCGGGCACUUUAUGUUCAAUUACUACAGCGAGGGCAAAAAGCUGAUGCACAAAGUCUACUGCAGUGUCCACUUGUUCCUAAUACUGCUCCAGUUUGCGUUUGUUGCGAUUAAUUUAGUCGCGGAAAAAGAAGACGUGGACGAUCUUACCGCGAACACGAUAACAAUAUUAUUCUUUCUUCACACGGUGAUUAAAGUUAUUUACUUUGCCGCGAGGAGCAAAUUGUUCUAUCGCACUCUUGCGAUCUGGAACAAUCCGAACAGCCAUCCGUUGUUUGCUGAGAGCAAUGCAAGGUACCAUGCAAUUGCGAUUACCAAGAUGAGGAGGCUGCUGUUUUGUGUUGGAGCUGCUACUAUCCUUACAGUCGUCAGCUGGACCACUCUUACGUUCUUUGAAGAUCCUCAUGUUGAACGGCUGGAUAAAGAGACCAAUGAAACUUAUACUGUUGAGAUUCCAAGAUUACUGGUGCGAUCUUGGUACCCAUUCGACGCGCGUCAUGGAGUAGCGCACAUCGGAAUGCUAAUUUACCAAAUCUACUGGCUGCUGGUGUGCACAGUAGACGCAAAUUCAAUCGACGUGCUCUUCUGCUCAUGGCUAUUGUUUGCUUGUGAGCAGCUUCAACAUCUCAAGGCAAUAAUGAAGCCACUUAUGGAAUUAAGUGCGACCUUAGAUACCGUGGUGCCUAACAGCGGCGAGUUAUUCAAGGCGGGAAGCGCUGAUCAUCUUCGAGAUAAUGAUGGUGUACCAGUAGAACCAGCGAUGAACGGCGACAACAUGCUGGAUAUGGAUCUUCGGGGGAUUUACAGCAAUCGGCAAGAUUUCACAGCUACUUUCAGGGGUACUGGUGGUACCCAAUACACCGGUGGGGUUGGUCCUAAUCAACUUACUAAGAAGCAAGAGAUGCUAGUUCGCAGCGCCAUUAAAUAUUGGGUGGAACGUCAUAAGCACAUUGUUAGACUUGUUACUGCGAUUGGAGACGCUUAUGGUGUGGCUUUGCUGUUCCACAUGUUGAUUACCACCAUCACCCUUACGCUGCUCGCUUAUCAGGCCACUAAGGUCAAUGGUAUCAAUGUUUAUGCCGCGUCGACUAUUGGGUACUUACUGUACUCUCUUGGUCAAGUAUUCUUGUUCUGUAUAUUUGGGAAUCGAUUAAUUGAAGAAAGCUCAUCUGUGAUGGAAGCUGCAUAUUCAUGUCAUUGGUACGACGGUUCAGAGGAAGCUAAAACGUUUGUACAAAUAGUGUGUCAGCAAUGUCAAAAAGCUAUGUCUAUAUCAGGAGCUAAGUUCUUCACCGUGUCGCUGGAUCUAUUCGCUUCGGUACUCGGAGCGGUAGUGACGUACUUCAUGGUGUUAGUACAGCUUAAAUAAACAAAAAGUUAUAAAAUUUAUUUUAAAAUUAAUUUGUAUAAUUUUACAUAUUAUUUUAUAUUAUUUAAGAUUAAUUGUUUAUUUACCGUUUUUUUUACGUUGACUGUUAAAUUAUCGAAAAAAAAAAACAAAGAAGAAAAUAAGAAAAAAAAAAAUUGGAGGUGUUUUAGUGUUUAAUAAUUUAAGAAUAAUAAUAUUUAUUGUAUCUGCACGGUCAUCUAGUUAGGGGAAAUUUAUACGCUAAUUGUGAUUAAGCAUUAAUUUAAUUUAAAAUUAAAAUUAAAAUAAUUUUGUUUUAAUAUAUAUAUAUAUAAAUAUAAAUUUAGAUUUUUGUUAAUGUAAAUAUUGAUAAGUUAAAUCAACCACAUUUGUUUUUCUUGUUACUAUUGUAAUUAAUCAAUCCACUCUUUUAUUCUUAUUUUAAAAUAAUAUUUUAUGGAAUAAUAAAAAUUUUUUAUACAAAAAUUAA